CUCUCUCUCUGAACGCAGAGGCACCCUGUUCAAAAAAAAAAACCAGAGAAGAGAGAGCGAGAGACCUCGACCUUCUCUCCCUUUCUCUCUCUCUCUCUCCGACGAGCAAUAAGUGAAGAAGAAGGGUCUUCGAGUACGGGCUCUGCUGCAGCGACAGUCAAGAGGAGGAAGAAACAAGAGAGAGUUAAACCCUAAUUUUCUGGUCCCAAAAGCCCAACGCGCACACAGAGGAGGAGAGGAAGGAAAAGCUGCUCCUUUCCCCCCUCGUCCGCCAUUGAUGAGCUCUGCCCUGCGCCCCCACUCCCCCCCUUCAUUCAAAGCGGGGGCACACUGCUCACUUUCCUCCUCCUCUGAUCGAUUCUUGAAUCUCUUCUUUUAACCGACGAAUCUCUGUGUGUGUGUGCGCGCGCGUCUCUCUCUCUCUUCGUUUCUUAGCAUCUGAUUCGGGGUUGCCAGUUCGAGCUAAGUCCAAUGCACGAGUGAUCAGAUUCGUGCUUCGUCCUCACCUUUGUUGACUUUCUCUCCUCUGAUCAUUUUCCACCGGCUUUCGAAUUGCUAGUCUCUCUUUCUGUCUUCUUCUUCUACUGCAUCUUGUUCUGGAGAGAGAGAGAACCGGGGUCCGUGAGAGGGCGUCGGGGAUUUACCCUUUGCUUGAGAGGAUGAUCGAGCAUCGCCGUGACUCGGACGGUGAACUCAGCAGCGUCGAGACCUUGAAUUCGGGCCACGCCAGUUCGAUGAGCAGCAGCUCCCGCGGCAGCUGCAGCAGCUUCAGCCGCCUCUCCUUCGACGCGGCCCUGCUCGACCACCACCACGGCCUCGGCGCCGCCUCCGCCGCCGAGGUCCUGGCCAUAAAGCCGCACCGGUCCUCCUCCGACUCGGUCUACUCCGCCAUGCUCCGCCGCGGCGCGAGGCCCGGGUUCCGCGACUUCCGCCUCCACCGCCGCAUCGGCUCCGGCGACAUCGGCACCGUCUUCCUCUGCAGCCUGAAGGAGGGCCCGGGCGGCGGCGGCGAUCCGGCGGACGGUGGGGAGACGCAGCAGCCGGCGCCCCUGUACGCGAUGAAGGUGGUGGACAAGGAGGUGGUGGAGAAGAAGCAGAAGAGCCAGCGGGCGGAGAUGGAGCGGCGGAUCCUCAAGAUGGUGGACCACCCUUUCCUGCCCACCCUCUACGCCGAGUUCGAGGCCUCCCACUUCUCGUGCAUUGUCAUGGAGUACUGCUCCGGCGGCGACCUCCACUCCCUCCGCCACAAGCAGCCCAACAAGCGCUUCUCUCUCGCCGCCGCGAGGUUUUAUGCUGCGGAGGUGCUGGUGGCGCUAGAGUACCUCCACAUGCUUGGAAUCAUCUACAGAGACUUAAAGCCCGAGAACGUGUUGGUCAGAUCGGACGGUCACAUCAUGCUCUCUGACUUUGACCUAUCCCUAUGUUCCGACGCCAUCCCGGCCGUUGAAUCCCCGUCGACAUCGGCGGUGGCGACCCCGGACCCCUCCCGGCACGACCCGCGACGGCAGACGGCGGCGGCGGGCGCCCCUCCUCCUCCCCCGCCUCCGUCCGCUUCGCCGUUCUCCUGCCUCCCCAGCCCCAACCGGCUCUUCCGGUCGCGCAAGAUCCAGAGCCUCGCCCCGGGGAACCGGAUGUUCGUGGCCGAGCCGGUCGGCGCCCGGUCGCAGUCCUUCGUCGGGACCCACGAGUACGUGGCGCCCGAGGUCGCCUCCGGCGGGUCCCACGGCAACGCCGUCGACUGGUGGGCCCUCGGGGUCUUCAUCUACGAGAUGGUCUACGGCCGCACGCCCUUCGCCGGCGCGUCCAACAAGGCCACCCUCCGCAACAUCGUCGAGAAGCCCCUCGCCUUCCCGGGCCCCGCCGACGCGCCCCCCGCCGCCGCCCCGGAGCUCUACGCCCGCGACCUCAUCGCCGGCCUGCUCUGCAAGGACCCGGCCCGCAGGCUCGGGUCGAGGCGCGGGUCCGCCGACGUCAAGAAGCACCCCUUCUUCAAGGGCCUGAACUUCGCCCUCGUCCGGUCCCUGACGCCGCCCGAGAUCCCCGGCCUGAGGCUGAGGCGGCAGAGGACAACGACGGCGGCGAGGAGGCAAACGACAGCCUUCGAUUAUUUCUGAGCGGUGGGGAAGCAGAGAAACAGCGGUGGGCUUUCGGCCACGUGUCCGGCUAGACCUGCCAGGUUUUGGGCCACUGGCAGUUUGAUAGUUUGUACAUUUGUGUUUCCUUCUUGUUAAUCCUAUGUUUAGGAAGUAGGUUGUCUAUGUCUCUUUAGGGUUUAUCAUGUGUACGAACUUGCCUAACUUCAGAAAGAGAAGUCCUAUUCAUAUA